AUGAAGAUCUACGUGAAGCUGCUGCUCAGCUUGGCUGUUUUCAACUUCGUAUCUAUUUUCGUUGCUGCCAGUCCGGGAAAAUGGAUGGCUGGAGCCCGGUACAAGAACCACCCCAUCUAUGAACGACAGGACACGCUUCCGACAGGUGUAUCUCCUUCAUCUGUCUCAUUUAUCAUCGGUCAGCGGGGCUAUGAUUCUACCACUACCAUAAGUACAGAGAAACCAAGCUUUACCACUAGCACCACCAGCAAGAAACGAACAAGCACCACUACCACCACCAGCAAGAAACGAACAAGCACCACUAUCACCACCAGUAAGAAACGAACAAGCACCACUACCACCACCAGCGAGAAACCAACCUCCACCACUACCACCACCACCAGCGAGAAACCAACCAGCACCACUACCACCACCAGCAGCGAGAAGCCAACAAGCACCACUACCACUACCACCAGUGAGAAGCCAACCAGCACCACCACCACCACCAGCGAGAAACCAACCAGCACCACUACCACCACCACCAGUGAGAAACCAACAAGCACCACUACCACUACCAGCGAGAAACCAACCUCCACUACCACUACCACCACCAGCGAGAAACCAACAAGCACCACUACCACCACCACCA